GACUUCAUCCAUGUCUGUGUCUGAACCCACAGACAGUCCCAACAUAUGGGAAAAAGUUCGACUUGACGAGAGUUGGUGUGUCUCUCGGCAUGUGUGUGGACGCGAGAAGUGACACAUGGUGACACACACACACGCACACACAACCGGACACAGACACCUGCAGGCCUCUAUCACUGCUGCACCUCUCCAGCCCCCAUCUGGGCAGCCCCUUGCCCACUCUCUUGCUGCUGCUGCUGCUGCUGGUGCUGCUGCUGCUGCUGCUGCUGAGAAUGGCUGACUCCAUCCUCGACCAUGCGCAGCAGCCUGAGGGGAUGCAUUUCCACACAAGACACGCAAGACACUCAUUCAUUCCGCAGAGAGACGUGUGUGUCUGUCUACAUACCACUCGACGAAGCGCGUCGCGUGGCCAUUCACAGCAUACGGCUCCUCCGCCCCCCUAGAGAUGCACCCCACCGCCAACACACACACACACACGCACAUACGAUCGGUGCAUUGAAUUGCUGCACACAGAGGCCUCCCAGGCGCUUACUCUGCGUGUGCGGGGGAUUGGCCCUCAGCCGGUAAGGGGGGAGGGUCUCUGAUGGCCUCGGCAAUCGGCCCGUGCCGCUCUUCGCUCCAGGGACAAAACUGGAUGAAUGAACACAGACAGACAGACAGCACGUCUUAUUCUUCUUCUCUCUCUCUCUCUCUCUCUCUCUCUCGCUCCCCCUGUGUGUGUGUGUGUGUACUUUCAGUGUGUCGUUUGUGUGCGUGUAGACGUCCGCUUCUCUGACAGUCCUCUCAGCCUCACUCAGAAACGACCCCUUGUCAUUCAGAAACCUACACAUGCACACCCACGCACACACACAGACAUCCACCCGCCCUGUGCCCCGGCGCUCACACACACACAUACACACACACACACACAUACAUGUCUCGCGCUUGGUUGUGCGGUUCUCUUCCCAUGGUCAUGAGGUGCGGGUCGCAGAACACCAUCUUCUUGAGAAAGGAGAGGGCCAGUGCGAUGUAGUCGUGACCCAGACACCAACGCGGGAAGGCCGGCUGACUCAUGGAUGACACACACGUGCAUCCGUCCACCCACGGGAAUCAAUCGACACAUCACAUCCGCCUACAGAAAUGUCGACUUUGCCGGUGUGUGGGUCGACGAAGGGGUGGAAGAUUGGAGGGGUGAAGGUGAAGACAGGCGCCUCCUCUGGGUACCCUGCACACACAGACACAGACACAGACACAGACACAGACAGGUAUCCGCACCUUGGGCCUUCUGACCGUCAGGAAUCUCGACAUUGAACUGAAAGGCCCCUCCUUUAUAUGGCCCCGCGUGGGCGAAUAAGACACCGUACCACGCUGACACAUAACACACAUGACAGACAGACAGACAGACAGACAGACACAGAAAGGAGAAAGAAAGCACCGCUCCCUGACCACCCCGACCGAGUGUGUGUAGAACUAUAAUUCGUGUCUCUCUUGUUUCUCGUGGUUGUAGUCACUGACUCACUGACUCACUCACUCACUGCCAAAGUGGUCGAAGGAGGGGAACACAUACACACCCUCGGGACAAUGCUCCUUCAGGUGCUUGCUGAAUCAGUCAAGCAACCAACCAACAAGGCGGGCAGGGAGGGAGGGGGCGACAAGAGAGAAGGGACAAGUACACACGCACUAACCCACCACCCUCUCGCUCACUAUUCGACGACAACGGCAUAUUUCCUGAUGUUCUCCUUGACGCUCCGCCAGCCGUCCACCGCCCUCCCCACACCCGACCGAUCCACAGGCAGCUCCUGAUACUGACCCACUAUGCGACUCUCUGCAUGCAUGACAUGUUAAUAACCGAAUGACAAACAAACCACCCACCUCCCACAAAGUAUAUAGCGCACCGGCCACCCUAUGCCUCCUGGCGGUGGUGAGCAGGUCCACCAAUGCCGACGUCCCUGCGACGCCGUCGGGCGGCCCUGGCUGCUGCUGUUGCUGUGGCUGCUGGUGUUGGUGCGCCAUGUGUCUGUGGCUGAGGGGGGCAUGGUGGUGCUGACCCAGGGGCAGACGGGGGACCGUCACGGGCACAUUCCCCGUCGUCGUGCGAUGGCUAGGACCGCUCAUGAAGGGAUGCUCGUAGGGAGGUGGGGCCGGUCAGCAACGGUGAGACGGAGCGCCGUCUCUUCAAGGCGAGCAGCUGUGCAGUGAGCACUCGUCCAGCACGACCAGAUCAGCCGUGUGAGCGCCAAGACGGUUUUCCCUCCGAUCGCUUCCCCUGCGAGCUGAGCUCACAUACGCACCACAGAUGAUAAAAAAUUCACGAUAACGUUCUUCUCAUCCCUUGUGACACGCAUUGAACGGCUUGUGGAGCGACAAGAAGCGACGCUGUCUGUUUGUCCUCUCCUCCCCCCUCCUUAUUCUCUUGUCACCCUUCUUGUGGGACUCAACCAUGCCCUCCGGUGGCUUGCCUGCCUGACGGACACACACACAGGUG